GACAACAAUCUUGUGAUUCUCGAAUGUCAAACUACGACCAUAGAGAGCAUAAAAGAAUAUGGAACAUGUAGAUAACCUUAUAGACACAUGGCACUGAAUCAUAUCAGAUCGAACUGAGGGGAAGUUGUAUCUGAUAUCAGUGGUGAUUUUUUUUGUUCGAUUUCACCAGAACAAUUAGAACCUCGGAGCCCGGCAAAUUCCACCGAACAACCUUCAAAGCUAUCAACACCACCAGAUUUGAAGUUCAGAGAGCUACACCAAUAAAUUCCAUCAUUUUGCGAUGUCUUCCGAUGCCCCCCUCGAGAUAGCAUCUACAAUCCAAAGUGCCUCAAUAAAGCGCGAUCCGUCUCCGAACCAUGACAUAAACCCCACUACCACCGCCUCCAGCAAAGAGCCCGUCACUGUUCAUCCAGACUACGUAUUCGAUGAUAAAGAUGGUAUCGAUGGCGAGGAAGAAAUAGAAGAUAUCCCCUACGAUGUUAUAAGACCAUUGCCACGGCGUGCGAGUUUCCCACCAAUACCCGAUUUACGAUUUGAGCAGAGUUAUUUGGCUAGUAUUGCACAUGCGGAUUCGUAUUGGAAGGUUGCUUUCAUAACGAUUAGAGAUCAAGUCUGCAUGCCACUCAUUCAAGGCAUUGCCGUAACCCUUCUCUGGGCUGGCUGGAAACAUUGGAACAAGAACGCCAAACUCAGUGGCAACAGUGCCGGCGCCCGAGUCCGUCGAUGGUGGUACACGGUUAAUAACUGGCCGAUUAAGGAGAAGAUCGCAGAGAUCGGAAAGAGUGCGAAAUUGGCCGCGGAAAUGGGGGAUUAUUAUAAGAACCAAGCUUCUGCUGGAGAUUGAGCUGACGAAUGAUGAAUGGGGUGUUUUGAGAGAUGGAAUGGGCAUUUGCAUGGAUGGCGUUUCGGACAGUUCAUUGAAACAAUACUGGUGUACAUAUUGAGGUCUUCGAGUAGAUGGAACUACACAUUGUGCAGCACGCAUUUGACGUAUUGGGAUAGCAAAAAGCUCCGAACCAACUCGAUGCAUUAUCUCAUUACAACACACGAUCUAUCAAUCUACAAGUAUCAGGCUCUUGGAGAUCGAUUUUGGUAGGAUGGAGAAGACAUGUGGGCGUAUAAAACUAUAGUGCAAUAGUUCUGAGAUUUUCUCCAUUCUGUCAUGAGCUAAUACUAGCAUAAAUACUCACGUUAAUA